UAUAAACCUAACCACGUUUUAAAAACAAGAAAACGGGAAUUUAAAGCAGACAAGAAUAAAUUGAGAACAUGAUGUUUCUGAACAGCCGAGUCACUUUUAAAUUCCCGACGAAUAGUCGCUAGCAUGACGUAUGUGUCAGACGCUAAGAGCAUUUAACUUCCUUCACAUUUCAGUUGAAGAAGGAAUUUCUCCGAAUAUAAACUAUAUAGUAAAUGACGUACGAGUUUUUUGCGCGCAUCUUUCGAGAAGUUUCCCGUUGGAUGAAAACGGACAUGCGCCCAACUGUUUCUCAGGACAAGCUCCUGGUCGUGUCGAGCGAUGGAACGAGCGAGCAACCUCCACUCCGUACCCUUGAACCUAGCAGACGCUUGCAGCGUUGCCACCUUGUGCAACUAUGCCAUGUCGUUCCGUUCGGCUACACUCGGCUUCUCUCGGCGGUGCUUUCUUCACAAGAAUUCCGCGUCCGGCGUUCAUCGUCGUUGGUGGCUGGCGCGACGCCGAGUAUGCUGACGUCACGCCUCAGCGUUACGCGUAGCGUUACGUAAAAAACGUGCUGCUUUACUCUAACAUGUCGUACUAACAGCGUAAUAUACAUUCUAUAUAGAAAUAAAAAAUCUAACAAAAAUUUGCAAAUAUUUCUAUUAAAGAUUUUUUUAAUAGAAAAAUAGAUAGAAAAAAACAAAAUGAAAAAAAUAAUUUUACAAUACAAUACAAAAAUACUGUAAAUCAGUUCUUAUAUUUACGUGAUAUCGUGUAUGUUAGUAGUUUUUUUUUUCGUCACACAUUAAACCUUAUUAUUCUAGCUUAUGUUCAAUUAUGCUCUGUAAGAUUUCCAUGUCGUUGAUGAUGUUGAUUAAUCUACUAUAUAUUCUGACAUCGUUUGUCAAUGUUACGUAAAAAAAAACCGUAUAUUCUGAACUUAAUUAAUAUAUCACAAUGUUUUCUCGUGAUUUUAAUCGUAAUAACUUGUUGUGAAUCAAUAAUAAGACUAUUUUCAUGUAUUCAACGAAAUGCACAAUUUCUUUUUUUUUUUUUUGUUUUUUAGGGCAGUGACCUUGCAUAAUUAUUAUAAUAUCUGAGACUAGCUCAAUCAUACUUUCUCUACAAGAAUUUCAUGUCUACCGAUGCUAACUGACAACAUUGAGAAUAUAAGCUGACGUCACGUGUAGUGUUGCGCGUAAUAUUACAUAAAAAACAUGGCUGACGAAUCAGAAAUGUAUCAGUCUAUUACUGUUGAGAUCAUAUGAUGAAUCGACUAUAUGGUAAAAUAAUGAAUUUAGCAUAAGUUCAUUAUGAUGAAAAAUAACUAACUUAAACUUAAUUAUUUUUAAAAUUGUAAUUCAAUAAGAAAUUACUAUCGAAAAUUGCUAUCAGUAUAAAGUCACUAUAUAUAACGAAAUGAAAUAAUUCUUUUUUAGAGAAAUAGAUAUAUAUAUAUAUAUUGAAAUAUCACUUUAUCGUAAAUCACGAUUGAAAGAUUUCUUUUCUUUACGUUUCUUUUACUCUCACUCGUUCUUUCUCAUCGCGUCUGUCUCCCGUUCGCACGCUCGUGUGCCAUUUACGAGGCAAACCGGUUUACAUUUUUUGCGAACCCUGGCUUUACGAAGAAUGUUGAUUUUUGCGAUGUAUACCGCUGGGAACCUAACCUACAUCAUUAUCCGGAUGAGCUAGCUGCACUUGAAGUUUCAUUUCCUUGCAGACCUUGAAUAUUCGUAUGAUUUUAUUUUUCGUUUCCAUUAUUAACGCAUUCGAGAGUAUUCAAGACAAAUGUCCUCGGAACUCGUGACUCGACAAAUAAAACCUCCUCGAUAUGCACGAGCUUGGCAUUAGUAAAAUGACAAGAGUAUACGUAUGCUUAAAGAUCGAAAAUUCAGUCACGACGAAAGAACGACUUCAUGGUCGAGGACAAAUUCGGCAAUGUCUCGAUAUUUCUCAUUCGUGGCACGAGUUAUCACCGAAAAUAUUUUUACUACCGAACGCGCGCGGCAUGUAUCUUCGUUGAUUAGCCAAAAAAUAUAUCAUUACAAUGGCUAUGCAAGUUCCUACAAAUGUGGAUCCUGAACAAAUUAAAUCUGUUCGAGAUUUUGUGGCAUCUUAUAAUAAAUUGAUAGAAACAUGUUUUCUUGAUUGUAUAAAUGAAUUUACUACACGAGAUGUCAAAGCAAAGGAAGAAACUUGUGCUCUAAACUGCAUGGAAAAAUAUUUGAAAAUGAAUCAAAGAAUAUCACAAAGGUUUGAAGAAUUUCAAAUGCUUGCUAAUGAAAAUAUACUUGCAGCUCAAAAAAAAUUAGAUAGUAAAGAGUCUUGAAUAUUGUA